AUGGCCGGCUAUGAUUACGGUUAUAGAUCAGGUUACUCUAACAGCAAGGGGGCAGGACCACACCCCAAUGAAUGGAGCAAGACAAGCUAUGCAGAUGAUGAGUGUCGUACAGUCAUCGUUGAUGCUGACGGAACACAAAGAACAAUCAUUGGUUGCACUCCCCUCCAUAAUCCAGAGGCCUAUGUAACAAAAACUGAGACAAUCAUUCAGGAACGUAUUCUCGGCCCUGUGUUCCCGGCUGCAUACAAGCAUAGCUCUCCUUCCACAGUGGUUGUUGAACCAGUGAAACAGUACGGGUAUGCUGAUGACAAGUGGCGUAGGCCUUCAAGCCCUGUGAAAGGUUACGGCUACUCUGCUGACGAUCACAAGCUGCGUAGGCCUUCAAGCCCUGAGAAAGGUUAUGGUUAUUCUGUUGAUGAUCACAACAAGCUGCGUAGGCCUACAAGCCCUGUGAAAGGUUAUGGUCAUCCUGUUGACGAUCACAACAAGCUGCGUAGGCCUUCAAGCCCUGUGAAAGGUUAUGGUUAUCCUGUUGAUGAUUACAACAAGCUGCACAAGCCUUCAAGCCCUGUGAAAGGUUAUGGUUAUGCUGCUGAUGAUCAAAGGUUGCGCAGGCCUUCCAGCCCCGAACAUGAUUAUCCGCGGGAAGUUGGUAAUUUCCUCACCAAAGUCCACACUGAAGCAAGCCGUGAUCAACCCUCAAGGGUUGGACCCUUGAGCGGUGUAAACUGGCGCCAACCGCCCCAUCAAACCGGGCAUAAUGGCACUACAGGCUAUGGUGAUUAUAGUGACUACAACAACAAACCAUUGUACAAGCCAAAUGGAAACACCAACUACAAUGACUACCACCGCAAAAAUGAUAGUGGCAGCACGGGACCAACCAUUAUAUCCAACGGUGCUAGGCCAAUCCGUUCGACAUGGGCUCCACCAGCUCCCGGUCGCGAGGGAAGACUUACCACCCCAACAGAUGACAUUGAGACAGCCUUGCGCUUCUUGAAGGAAAGUGCAAAGCGAGAUGAAUAUCAGACAGAUGCUGCAAAGCGAAAUGUCAGAUUCAAUGUGCCAUCAUGGCCAUGA